AUGAAGUUUCGACAAAUGCGCUCGUCAGGCACGUUUGUUGUUGUAGCAAUGAGCCUCGCAACAUUCACCGACACGUUCAUCUAUGGAAUGGUAGUGACUCUUCUAUUUCCAUCGCUUCUCGCUAAUAUCCACAUCUCACAGAUUGUCCCGAUUCUACCUUAUCUGUUGAUUCGUGAUGGAAGAAGCUCGAGAGAAGAAACUCAAGAAUGGACUUCAAUUCUGUUAGCAGUUUAUGGCGUUGCUUUGCUUAUCGGUUCCCCACUUGUUGGAUUUAUUAGUGAUCGGAUUCACACACGUCAAUCUCCAUUACUCGUCGGAUACAUCGCCGUCGCACUAUCCACCGCCCUGUUCCUCUUUGGAAGUACACCCGCUCUUCUCAUUAUUGCCCGAGUUUUUCAAGGGCUUGCGGGUGCCGUUGUUGGUGUGCUCAGCUUUGCGUUGAUUGCCGACACGGCUCGUCCAGACAAGCGAGGAGAGUUCAUGGCAUAUGCUUCAAUCUCAUUCACUUGGGGGAUGAUCUCCGGGCCUGUUCUUGGUGGUAUUUUGUUUGAUCACUUCGGUAUCUACGGUGCCUUUGCUUUGCCAAUAGCUUUGCUCGCCCUAGACAUUACACUACGGCUCCUAAUCAAAGAACAAAAACAAGGAGUCCUACCAUCCCCCACUCAUUCCGAUGAAAGCUCGCCCUUGUUAGAUCGCCCAAAACCAGGGAAGGAGUCGCUCGAUCUGUGGGACUUCUGGGAGCCUCGCUUUUUAAUGAUUCUAUUGGUGAAAAUCACGAUAUCAUCGAUAUUCUCUGCCUUCGAAACCACCCUGCCUCUUUUCAUCAUGCAAACAUACCAAUGGUCAUCUACAAAUUCCGGUCUCGUGUUUCUCGGAGUAUCUCUUCCAAGCCUAUUGAGUAUCCCAUUGAACAAAUAUGGUCGGAACUGGAACCGACGGCGCACGGUUGCGAUCGAACUCGUGCUCGCCAUGAUUCCACUCGUGGCCUUACGAUUUACAAACGAGAACACCCCAAAGCAUCAGAUCAUAUUUGUUGUCUUGGUUUUUUUUGUUGGACUCUUCAUGACGACUUCUCAGGCCCAGGUCAUGGCUGAAGUAUCCGACACGGUUCGUGCCAUCGAAGCCAAAUAUAAUGUCGACUCGACAAAGUCGAGCGGCAUGGGCACUGGAUAUGCCCUUUGUAAUAUGGCGAUUGCGAUCGGGCAGUUCGUGGGCCCUCUCAUUGCAGGCUUCACCAGGAUCAAGUAUGGUUGGGCAGGGAUGACUUUGACACUUGGUGCAUUUUCGGCUUGUGUCGGGUUUUUGUCACUGAUAUUGGCUUGA